UCGUAAAAAGAAGAAGAGCUUCUUAGUUGUUACCCUAAGAGCAAAAACAUAAACUGGUUUCUCAAAAUAGAACAGGUUUCCUUAUUUUGUAAGAAAGAAAAUAAAAAAGGGCAUAUAAUACUAAAAAGAGCUUGUGAAAAUGGGGAGAGGAAGGGUAGAGUUGAAGAGGAUCGAGAACAAGAUAAACCGACAGGUAACCUUUGCUAAGAGAAGGAAUGGGCUGCUCAAGAAAGCUUAUGAGCUUUCCAUUCUCUGUGAUGCUGAGGUUGCUCUCAUCAUCUUCUCUAGCCGUGGCAAACUCUAUGAAUUUUCCAGCUCCAAUAGCAUUGGUACGACACUGGAGAGGUACAACAGGUGCACCUAUGGAGCAUUGGAGCCUGGUCAAACAGAAAUGGACACUCAGAGCAACUACCAAGAAUAUUUGAAGCUGAAAGCAAAAGUUGAGGCCCUUCAACGUUCACAGAGACUUUUUCUGGGGGAAGAUUUAGUAGACCUGGGCUCUAAGGAAUUGGAACAGCUUGAGCAUCAGUUGGACUUCUCAUUGAAGAAGAUCAGGUCAAUAAAGACGGAUAUUAUGGUUGAGCAACUUUCUGAACUUCAAAGAAAGGAGGAAAUGCUACUGGAAAAUAACAGAAUCCUGCGGAAGAAGUUGGAAGAAGAUAGUUCAAGAGAAUGGGAGGCAUACAAUUACACCCAGCAAGGUCCUCCUCAGUCACGGGGAUUUGUGGAAGGCACCACUUCUCAACACAUUGGUUAUAAUAUCCAAGCUCAGCCCACAACUUCAGCACACAAUGGAUUCGUCCCUGAGUGGAUGCUUUGAUUUGAUUGUUUUCUAUCUUCAAGAAAUAAAACCUAUUAAAAAAAACAAAUAAGCCAUUUCUAGCUAACAUAUAGUUUGCUGUAUCAAGCGUGCUUGAUAUUUGGGGUUGUAAUAAUACGGAUCCAAACAGUAUCAACAAGUUACUCAUAAUGUAUAUGACACCA